AUGCUGAAAAAUAUUCCAUGUUGGGAACAAUGUACUAUAUUGCUAAUAUAUAUGUUUUUAUUGAUUGAACCUAUAGAAAGCCAAGGUUUAGCAUGCUAUAAAUGUAUGACUACAGAUCCAAAUAAUGAUGGCUGCCAAGAUCCAUUUUCAUCCUUGAUUAAUCCGGUACAAAUAAAUUGUCAGGCAACUGCUUUCGGCAAAAAUGGAACAUUUCCGGCUAGAUUUUGCGUAAAAAUUAAUGGUCGCGUUUUGAGUGUCGAUAGUGAUGCGAAUGCUUCUUAUUUAAAUACUGUUAUUUACUAUCGUACGUGUGUUGUUGAUAAUAUUAUGGAAUCAACAAAAUUAUUGGAAACAUCAGGCAAUUUUCGAUUAAAAGGUUUUCAAGAUUUGAAUGGUUCUAUACGUCUACAAGGCUCUAUGUCACUUUGUGCAUUUGAUGGUUGUAAUAAAGCACGGAGCCUACAUUCAUCUUUAUUAAUGGCGUCUAUUGGCUUGUUGUUAAGUAUCUACUAUUAUUAUUAA